AUGAGUACCAACAGCACAACGAGCAACGUUGGGAGUGAUGUUAACAGCGCGGGCGGUGGAGUAGGAGGUGGUAGUGGAAACAGCGGGAGCAGCAUCGAAGCGGAAUACAACGAAAUCGUAUCCCGGCGCGGUUGGCCAAUGGUAUUCCAGGAUAUCCGUGAGAGAAGCGAUAUUCAGGCGCGGGCGAAAAAGUUUUGCACCGAUGAAUCGAAAAAGUUGGACAACCGACGACUAAACCGAUAUCGGGAUGUGCUACCGUAUGAUCAUUCCCGAGUAGCACUGAAACGGGGUGAAGGUGACUACAUCAACGCGAACUUGGUGAAGAUGGACCGAGCUGGUCGGAAGUACAUUCUUUGCCAGGGACCGCUACCUCUUACGGUGGGCCACUUUUGGGUGAUGGUGUGGGAACAUGACUCACGCGCCAUUCUAAUGCUAAACAAGCUGAUCGAACAAACGACCGUCAAAUGCCACCAGUACUGGCCGGCAAAGAUCGGCGAGCAGCACCGUCUCGAGUUGUCCGAUGUUCAGCUCUCGGUGGUACAUCUGAAGUGCGUAGAGUAUAAAAACUUCUGCAAAAGAACUUUCAGACUGACGGACAUGGAGACUGGCAAAAGUCGCGAAGUGAUACAGUUUCACUACACGACUUGGCCGGAUUUCGGUAUCCCUAGCUCUCCAGUAGCAUUUUUGCAAUUUUUGAAGGAAGUGCGCGACUCCGGGGCGCUUGAUCGUGACGUUGGCCCACCGAUAAUUCACUGCAGCGCCGGUAUCGGUCGUUCCGGAACGUUUUGUUUGGUGGAUUGUUGUCUCGUGCUGGUCGAUAAGGAGGGAGAGGAUCGGGUAUCUGUCCAGGAUGUGCUGCUUGAGUUGCGACAGUAUCGAAUGGGGCUAAUUCAAACCCCGGAUCAAUUGUACUUCUCGUACCAGGCCAUCAUUGAAGGAAUGAAGCGUAUGAACAACUCCUCGUUCGAGGAGUUUGAAGAGCUAUCCGUUGUGUCCUCAUCCAGUCAGCAGAACAGUGAUCAGGAGGAUAACGAGGAUACGCCACCGCCCCUUCCGCCCCCUCGUACCCAUUCGCUCACGGUCAAACCGUUACCGGUUAUUCCGACCAGCGAGAGCGUACACGAGGAUUUCCUGCUUGGAAGCAGUAACGGCGGAGACCGCGACAAGGUGAACAAUUUAGUAAAUCUGGAAAAGAGCAAGCAAUUUGAGAUGAGUGACGAAAACCAUCACCAUCAUCAUCACAACAAUCACCACCAUAAACGAAAUGACAGCAAAAACCACAAUAACCAUCAUCACAAUCCGUACAGUAAUCGGCCUUUGCCGCCAAUAGUGCGGGAUAGCGCGCUGUACAAAGUGAAUGAGCAUGAUAGCGAUGGUGGUGGUGGCGGUGGUAUCGGAAACGGUAGCAGUGACAGCGACUCCAACGCGAUAAGUAGUGAAGACGAGCUGAUCGAAGAGAACGAUAGCGACAUUGGCGAAGAUGAUUACGAUGAAGAUGAACUGGAGAAGAAGAAGCGUUGGGGUAUAGGCCUAGACGUUCCGUCCGAUAACAGUGAUAAUAUUAAAAGCUCCUUGCUGGAUGAAAGCAGUAGCACUACAACAGCUACAACGACGACGACCAGCACCACCUCUAGUACUGGUGGUACAUCGACGGGCAUAUCCACCUCGACGUCGGUAUCCACUACGUCGUCCACCACAGCUAGUGCGAUUGGUUCAAACAAUUCGACGUUAGAGUCGAAACGGGGUGACUCGAAAUCAAUCGAUCAGGCAUUUAACGCUAACUCGAGCCUACCACCGCUGCCCAAUGGCGCACUGGAUGAUGGAGAGGAUGCCAUCUCCAGCCCGGAGCGCGAACUGUCACCGAGCGCCGAACUGCGACGCCGAAAGCGUAUCGAGCGUCAGUCAGCUAUGGAGGAGAAGAUACGUGAGAUCAAACGCAAGCGGAAAGAGGUGGAAAGCAAGGGAUCACCGAAAAAGCGCAGGUUAUUACUGUUUUCCAUUGCAGCCGGUGUUUGUUUCAGCGUUCUGUGCGUAUAUCUUUACACCAAGCAAAUGUAAUGCGUUGUUUACCGGUGACGAGAAGAUGCAUCA